AUGACAGCUGUAUCACACGAUAUCAGUACAGUACUGAUCACUGUGUACUCGUGGAGAGCCGGAGGACUGCAGUGCGAUAACCCUGUCCAUGUCUGCAAUGUUCCACACUGUGGUAAAACGUACAAGAAAACCAGCCAUCUCAAGGCUCAUUUAAGGUCACAUGUCGGCUCGAGACCGUUUCAGUGCCACUGGUUUCAGUGCGGCAAGUCGUUUUCACGAUCGGAUCAACUUCAGCGCCAUUUACGAGCACACACUGGCGAACGACGGCAUCAGUGUCCAAGGUGUGGACGAGGUUUUGCCCGAUCUGACCAUCUGAAGCAACAUCUAGCCAGCCAACACCCAGUGUUCAUGUGA